AUGGCUUCUCCGGCCAGGGCCCUCCGGCCGCGCCGCUCGGCCCCCGCGCCGUGAGUCCCCGAGGGCCGGGCGGGCGGGCGAGGGCGGGCGGGGGGCGGGCGGGCGGCGUGGGGCCGGGCCGGGCCGGGCUGAGCUCCCUCUUGGUCCGCAGGGCGACGGGCAGCGACGCCUCGGAGGACUCCGGCGACAGCGCCUUCCAGGAAAGGCCUGGCGGCCAGGCGCAGGUAGGGAGGGCCGGAGGGAGGCCCCGGCUGGGUGGGGCGCCGCCAGGCCGGGCUGGGGCUCCCGGCUUCCUCGCCCUCUCUCUCCGUCCCCUCAGGCCCCCAAGGACCCUCUGCCGGCCCGCGCCGAGCCCAGCGGCGGCGGCCUCUUCCCGGCGGUGAAGGCGGGCGGGAGCGCCGCGCAGGUGAGGGGCAGCCGAGGGAGCCGCGCGGAGAAGGCCCUGCUCGGGGCUGCAGUCGGGGCAGAGAGCGGGGAGGGAGGGAGGGCCCAGCACGGAGAAGGCGCCCCCUCCGGCUCAACCCGAAGCUGCUGCUUGAGCUCCCUGGGAUGCGCCAGCAGCCGUCCCCAGGGAGCUUUGGAAGGAGAGGGAAAGAUGUGCCUCCCCCCCUGUCCUAUGUGCUGGAGUGGGAUAGCUGGCUUGGUGGGCUGCAGUGGAGCAAGGGGUGGGUUUUGGAAAGGAGACUUGGGGCAGGUGAGAGUGGCAGGGUUGGCUGGAGAAAGAUAAGGAGCAGGGAGAUGCGGGGGGAGGCAGAGGAAUGUGUCUUAGGGGAAACGCAAAUCCUCUAGUAUGCUUGUGCUCUUGUGGGUCUCGCAUCUCUCUCUUGUUUCUAUGUGCGUGUCCUUGCCCUGCUCCCUUUGCCUACUGCCAUCCUCUGUCAACUGCCACAGUCUAUAGUUGAUGACUGGCUUGAGAGUUACAGGAAAGACAGGGAAUCUGGGUUUCUGGAGCUGUUCAACUUCAUUGUCCACUCCUGUGGUUGCAAAGGUGAGUUUAGAGUGGAGUGUUGUGCUUCUGCGUACUCUUGCAAAAGCUCUCCUGUGCUCCGUCCUCCUUCCAGUUGCAUGCUUGCUCUGCAGUGAUGUGAGGCUGGACUGGCGCUCUCUCCCUUCUCUUUCCCCUCCACGGCCCUGCAGGUGUAGUGACCCUGGAGAUGCUGAGAGGCCUUCAGAACUCGGAGAUCAUCCAGCAGCUGACAGAAUCAUUUGAUGAGGUGAGAACUAAGGAAGGGGAUGUUUCUGGGGAGGUUAAAUCCAAACAGUCGCCUUGGAGGGAGGGUGGCAGAGACAAAUGGUGGACUCAGACAAAUCUUUUCCUAGGGCUCAGCAGAGUACCCACUGUUGCUGAACACCCCAGUCUGGCGGCGGUUUCGGCAGGGGUUCUGUGAGCUGUUGGGAGUUCUUGUGCACCGAACACAACAUGCUGUUCUCUAUGAUGAGUAUUUGAUGGGUAGCCUUGUCGCCCUGCUUACUGGCAUGUCUGACUCCCAGGUGCGUGCUUUCCGCCACACAAGCACCUUGGCAGGUAGGAGAGUAGUCUGGGUUUGGGUGGGCAGAUGCAUCCCUUUCUGAGAGGAGCUGAGAAAUGCCAUGCUAUGCUUCAUCUUUCCCUGUAGCCAUGAAACUAAUGACAGGUUUGGUGGCGUGUAGCUCUGAGUGUCUAACUCACUGAGAUAGGGCCAGAGCUUGCUCACUAUCAGCUCAGGCCAUGUGCUUAGAGCUAUUUCACUAUAUUUUGUCACCCAAGAUUUCUGCUGCAUCUCCCACAGGGCAUGUUUUCAGAAAGACUGGUCCAGCGCACCACUAGUGAAAUGCUCUGUUUAUCUAACAUUCAACCACAAAGGGGUUCCAGCCUAAACACCCUUUCCACAUUUGCAGUCCUGUCCCAUCUCCUGUCUUCGUUGUACUCCUAUGAAAUACAACUUGGACUCAGAAACCCCUCCAGGAGAAAGCGGAAUGAGGAAUAACCUCUGCUUUCUGGCCUCACCAGGCAUCUUGGAAACCAGGGAGCCAGAGAGCAAGAAAAUAAACUGGAAGGGGAGCAUGAUGCUCAAACCACAUUUGGGGCGCCUGCAAAUUACAGGGACAGGCAGGUGUUUUGCCUUAGGCAACCUCGGUCUUGCACAGAUCAAUUCCAUUAAUGAUGGUAAUUUGCAGCAUAAGUAGUUUAUGUAUGAACCAGAACCACAACAAGGAGCAUUGAGAAACUCUCAUGCCAAGGGUUAUCCCCCUGCAGCUUUUGUUUUCAGGGUUCUGUUCAUAGAAUCAUAGAAUCAUAGAGUUGGAAGAGACCACAAGGGCCAUCGAGUCCAACCCCUGACAAGCAGGAACACCAUCAGAGCACUCCUGUCAUAUGGUUGUCAAGCCUCUGCUUAAAGACCUCCAAAGAAGGAGACUCCACUACACUCCUUGGCAGCAAAUUCCACUGUCGAACAGCUCUUACUGUCAGGAAGUACUUCCUAAUGUUUAGGUGGAAUCUUCUUUCUUGUAGUUUGGAUCCAUUGCUCCGUGUCCGCUUCUCUGGAGCAGCAGAAAACCACCUUUCUCCCUCCUCUAUGUGACAUCCUUUUAUAUAUUUGAACAUGGCUAUCAUAUCACCCCUUAACCUCCUCUUCUCCAGGCUAAACAUGCCCAGCUCCCUUAGCCGUUCCUCAUAAGGCAUCGUUUCCAGGCCUUUGACCAUUUUGGUUGCCCUCCUCUGGACACGUUCCGGUUUGUCAGUGUCCUUCUUGAACUGUGGUGCCCAGAACUGGACACAGUACUCCAGGUGAGGUCUGACCAGAGCAGAAUACAGUGGCACUAUUACUUCCCUUGAUCUAGAUGCUAUACUCCUAUUGAUGCAGCCCAGAAUUGCAUUGGCUUUUUUAGUUGCCGCGUCACACUGUUGGCUCAUGUCAAGUUUGUGGUCAACCAAGACUCCUAGAUCCUUUUCACAUGUACUGCUCUCAAGCCAGGUGUCCCCCAUCUUGUAUUUGUGCCUCUCAUUUUUUUGCCCAAGUGCAAUACUUUACAUUUCUCCCUGUUAAAAUUCAUCUUGUUUGUUUUGGCCCAGUUCUCUAAUCUGUCAAGGUCGUUUUGAAGUGUGAUCCUGUCCUCUGGGGUGUUAGCCACCCCUCCCAAUUUGGUGUCAUCUGCAAAUUUGAUCAGGAUGCCCUUGAGUCCAUCAUCCAAGUCGUUGAUAAAGAUGUUGAAUAAGACCGGGCCCAAGACAGAACCCUGUGGCACCCCACUAGUCCCUCUUCUCCAGGAUGAAGAGGAACCAUUGAUGAGCACCCUUUGGGUUCGGUCAGUCAGCCAGUUACAAAUCCACUGAGUGGUAGCAUAGUCAAGACCACAUUUUACCAGCUUCUUUACAAGAAUAUCAUGAGGCACCUUGUCAAAUGCCUUGCUGAAAUCAAGGUAGGCUACAUCCACUGCGUUCCCUUCAUCUACCAGGCUUGUAAUUCUGUCAAAAAACGAGAUCAGGUUAGUCUGACAUGACUUAUUUUUCAGAAAUCCAUGCUGACUAUUGGUGAUCACAGCAUUCCUUUCUAGGUGCUCACAGACUGUUUGCUUAAUGAUCUGCUCCAGAAUCUUCCCUGGUAUUGAUGUCAGACUGACUGGGCGGUAAUUAUUUGGGUCCUCUCUUUUCCCCCUUUUGAAAAUAGGGACAACAUUUGCCCUCCUCCAGUCUGCCGGGACUUUGCCUGUUCUCCAGGAAUUCUCAAAGAUGACUGCCAGUGGUUCUGAGAUCACAUCUGCCAGUUCUUUUAAUACUCUUGGAUGCAGUUCAUCUGGCCCUGGAGACUUGAAUACAUCUAAACUAGCCAAGUAUUCUUGUACUAUCUCCUUAGUUAUUCUGGGCUGUGUUUCCUUUGCUGAAUCAUUUGCUCCAAAUUCUUCAGGUCGGGCAUUGUUUUCCUUAUCGGAGAAGACUGAGGCAAAGAAGGCAUUGAGGAGUUCAGCUCUUUCUGUGUCCCCUGUUUGCAUUUCACCAUCUUCUCCUCUGAGUGACCCCACUGUUUCUUUGUUCUUCCUUUUGCUACGGACAUACCCAUAAAAGCCUUUUUUGUUGCUUUUAACCUCUCUAGCAAGCCUGAGUUCAUUCUGUGCUUUAGCUUUUCUGACUUUGUGUCUACACGUCUUGGCUAUUUUUCUGGGGAAACUUAACUUUACUGCCAGCUUCCCAAAGGGAGAAGUUUUGUCUUUUUUCUGCUUUUGGUCCUACUUUGGUGUUACCCUCUGGACUGCCAAUCGCAGCGUCAUAACUGCAGGUGAGGGGGAGGCAGCUGCCCCAGUGAGGAUUUUUCUUUUGAACAUCACAAGAGCUGGAAGGCAAAUCCUCAGAGAUGCCCUUCCCCCAAAGCCAUUGGGCCUCAUUGAGAGGAAGGGGGAGAGGAGCUAACAAGGAUUAGUCUUGGACGUCUUCCUUCUUGCACAGUCCCUGGGUUGGGGCUCGCCUCAGUGGGCUUGGGGCAUUUCACCCCUGGCUUUUCUUCCUCUGCAGACAAAGGCAGAGGUGAGAGUCUUGGACUGGGGCAGUGGGACACAGAUCCAUUGGGGCUCAGAGUGCCACGGAGGGGGUGGGGAUGAGCCACCACGCAUCUUUCCUUGGGGAGCUGCUCUGCCAGAGCUGCCCUGAUGGAGGCCAGCACAGCCAAGGGGAUCCAGUGGCGCUUCCCUGGCUGGGCCACCCACAGAGCAAAUCUCCUUGCCACACCUGCCCAAGGCGGCUCAUUGGGAAACUGCUGAACAUGCAGGGGGCCAGCAGGACGCCUGAGCAGCCUGAGCAAGAAAGAGAACCCCACUGCAGCCUGCCUGGCCCAGCUGCGGAUGGGGAACAGAACAGGGUGUGCUGGGGCACAGGUCUGCUUGCCUCAGCUGAAAAAGUGUGGGCCAUUAGCAGCCAAACAAAACAAAAGCCUAUUCUUGCUAGUUAGCAUGAGAAGGGGCUAAGAUUACAGCUGACUGCUAAGGACCAAGACCAUCAAAAUGCAAUUGGUAGAGAGGACUCUGUGUGAUGUCAUUUCCCCUCCUCUCCUGGGGGCCUCCUGGUACUUCCUGCUCCUCUCUCUCCCUUUGGCCAGCCAAGAGGGCAGACGUUCCCUUUGCCUGCUCCACUGCAGGCAGAUGCCAGAAACUGGUUAUACAGCCAAGCUCGGCUCCCAAACGCCUCCGUUUUGGAACAUUUUGGCUCCCGAACACCAAAAACCCAGAAAUAACUGCUCCGGUAUUUGAACAAUUUUCAGAAGCCGAACAGCUUCUGUGGAGUUUUUUUCUUUUAUCUCCAUUGACUUUGCUGGCCACCCUUUGAUCCUUGGUUGUUGAACGUUUCGGAAGUCAAACUGUCUUCCGGAAUGGAUUACGUUCGACAACCGAGGUUUGACUGUACUGUAAAGGUAAAUAUUGUUGGGGGAUUGAUCAUUUGUUUUACAGACAACUGAGUGAGUUUCUGUUCUGUAUGUGAUGCAACUUUCAGAUGCUGGCCAGAAAAACCAGAAUGGUUACACUGCUGCAAUAUAAGAAUGAGAUCAUUGUCAGCUUGCAGCAUCUGGAAAAAUAG